AAACAACCCACUUUCCACCUGCGGCGCUUUUUAAUGUCAACUUUGGCACCUGCACACGGUCGUGAUUCAGCCUUGAUGCAGCUUCCACGGGCGACUAACAUCGAUACAGAAUAAUGUCGUCAAUUGCAAGAGGUCGGCCAUCCCGGCGCGCUGCUCCUCGCAGAAGUUACGUCCCAGAGGAGACGCCGUCAGAUGAGGAGGAUGCUGGAAACGUCACCCCCACGGCGCCCUCCCGGCACGAAGACGAUGAUGAUGAAGAUGAGGGCGAGCGUACUCCGGUCCCCAAGAAACCCAGCGCAGUCAAGAGAUCAUCGCGCAGACAAGCGACUGUCGAACCAUCUACCGCUACAUCGAGUGCCCCGCGCGCAACACGCAGACCCCGGAAAUCGAGGACGGUGGAUCCAACCGAGUCGUCGCAGUUGAUCGACGAAGGCGAAAGUCUUGCGAGUGUCGAAGAAGCAGCCAUUCCAUCUACAACAAAUGCUUCUCGUGCGACUCGCAGAACCCGCAAAUCCAGGACGGUAGACCCUUCGGAGUCCUCGCAGCUCAUCGACGAAGGUGAAAGUCUCGCAAGCGUCAGAGAACCAGAAAUCCCCGCUACUUCGAGCGCUCCUCGCACAACUCGCAGAACCCGCAAGGCGAGAACAGUAGACCCGUCAGAGUCAUCUCAGCUGGUCGAAGAAGGCGAAAGUUUUACAAGUGUGAAGGAACCGGAAGUCCCUCCGACCUCGAGUGCCCCUCGGCGCAGAACACGCAAAUCGAGGACGGUAGAGCCAUUGGAGUCGUCGCAGAUGAUAGACCCCAAUGAAGAAGGGGAGAGUAUUGCGACUAUCAAGCCGCCGGACUCUCCGUCCGAGAACACGCCGGUGGCGGUUAAGACAAAGGAGCCCUCCACCUCCCCGCAGCCCCAGCCUCACUUGCAAACAGAGAGCGUGCCUCAGCUCGCCGACAUCACCGAGACAGUAGUGAACAAGUCGCCGUCGAAGUCGCCGUCGAAAUUCGAUGAAGAUGAAAAGCCACAGAUCGCUCCCAUAAACCCAAAUACAACCAUCCUCGAGAAGCCCAUGGAUAUUAUGCUGAAGUCCCGGACAACCGCCCCCUCCGCUUCUCAGGAGCCGUCGGGCCCAACGAGUCGCUUGAUGAUCACUACUCUAGUCAUGAUGAACUUCAAGAGUUAUGCAGGCAAGCAGAUUGUCGGCCCCUUUCACGCGUCCUUUUCCUCCGUCGUCGGACCGAACGGAUCCGGUAAAUCGAACGUCAUCGAUGCCUUGUUGUUUGUGUUCGGCUUCCGCGCAAGUAAAAUGCGUCAGGGCAAGAUAUCGGCUUUGAUUCACAAUUCGGUCAAUCACCCCAAUUUGCCCUUCUGUGAAGUGGAAGUUCACUUCCAAGAAAUCAUCGACCUGCCGAACGGCACCCAUGAAGUAGUCCCAGAUUCCCAACUGAUUAUCUCCCGAAAGGCAUUCAGAAACAACAGCAGCAAAUACUAUAUGAACGCCAAAGAGACGAGCUUUACCGCCGUAACAACGCUGCUCCGUGACCGUGGUAUCGACUUGGAUCAUAAGCGCUUUUUGAUCCUCCAGGGUGAAGUCGAGUCUAUUGCACAGAUGAAGGCCAAGGCUGCCAACGAACACGAGGAUGGACUGUUGGAGUACCUUGAGGAUAUCAUCGGUACAUCGAAGUACAAGACACCUAUUGACGAGGCUGCCGCGGAACUCGAGACGUUGAACGAUGUCUGUGUCGAAAAGAACAACCGUGUCCAGCACGUCGAGAAGGAAAAGGUUGCCCUCGAGGACAAGAAGGACAAGGCCAUGUCUUAUGUUCGGGAUGAGAACGAGCUUGCUGAGAGACAAUCAGCCCUCUAUCAGAUCUACAUCGACGAAUGCGCUGACAACAUCCGAGUUACGGAAGAAGCUAUUCUGCAGAUGCAAGAGCUGCUGAACAUGGAGCUCGAGAAGCACGAGGGUAACGAGUCUGGUAUCAAAGAGCUUGAAAAGGCCUACAAACGUGGGAUGCGGGAAUACGAAAACAUGGAAAAGGAGGUGCAGGCGCUUGUCAAGGAAAUGGCCAAGUAUGACAAGGAAAAUGUCAAAUUUGAAGAAAAGAAGAAGCAUUUGGUUGCCAAGAAGAAGAAGCUAGAAAAGUCCAUGGAGAGCGCUCGGCUUGCUGCUUCCGAAUGCGAAAGUCUGGUACAGAAACAUUCUGAUGACAUCGAGAAGAAAACCAAUGAGACCACCGAGCUUGAGAAAGAAAUGAAGGUCGAAGAGGAGGAGCUAGCCGAGAUCCGUGAGAGUCUGAAAGGCAAGACCCAGGGUCUCUCGGAUCAAAUCACUGCAAAGCAGAAGUCCUUGGAGCCUUGGGAUGAGAAGAUCAACAAGAAGCUCUCGGCGGUCGCCGUGGCGCAAAGUGAGCUUGACAUCCUUCGCGAGCGGAGCAACGCUGGUACUCUCCUGCUCGAGGAGGCACAGUCGAAAAUAUCUUCGAUCGAGGAAUCGUUGGCAACCAAGGAGAACGAUCUUGAGGAACGCAAAGCCCAGAAAACUACCCUUGAGGAAGAGGUGGCGAAGCUGAACCACAAACUCAAGAAAUAUGCUCACCGAGAGCCCGAGGUGCGGGCCCAUGUCUCCAGCGCUCGACAGAGGGCCGACGAGGCAAGAGCCAGCCUUGCAAGUACCCAGAAUCGUGGCAGCGUUCUGUCGGGGUUGAUGCGUUUGAAGGAGUCUGGUCGUAUCGAGGGUUUCCACGGCCGGCUUGGAAACCUCGGUAUGAUUGAUGAGAAGUUUGAUGUUGCUAUCUCGACCGCGUGUCCUGCUCUAGAUAACAUGGUGGUUGACACGGUUGAGGUUGGUCAACAAUGCAUCGACUACCUACGAAAGAACAACCUCGGUCGGGCCAACUUCAUCCUGCUUGAUCGUCUUCCUCGACGGGAUAUGUCCAAGGUUUCUACCCCUGAGAAGGUGCACCGACUCUUUGACUUGGUCAAGCCCAAGGAUCCCAGAUUCGCCCCAGCUUUCUACAGUGUGAUGCAGAAUACGCUCGUCGCCGAGGACUUGGAACAGGCAAACCGCAUCGCGUAUGGUGCUAAGCGGUGGCGAGUGGUGACUCUCAAUGGACAACUCAUUGAUACAUCCGGAACAAUGAGUGGUGGUGGCAACCGAGUUGCACGGGGUGCGAUGUCAUCGAAACAAGUUGCUGAUACCAGCCGAGAGCAGGUGGCCAAGCUUGAGGGCGAUCUUGAGGAAAUGGAGAAACAAUUCCAGGACUUCCAGGAGAAGCAACGACAGAUGGAGGCAGCGAUCAGAGAGAGGAUGGAUGAGAUUCCGCGAGUAGAGACUAAGAUCCAAAAGAUCAUGAUCGAAAUCGAGAGCGCCAAUCGCAGUCUGGCAGAUGCUCAGCGUCGCGUCCAGGAACUCAGCGCCGAGCAUAAACCGUCCAAGACUGAUGCCAGUCGCGCCGCAAGCCUUGAGAAGCAGAUUGCAGCCCUGGAGGAAGAGAUCGAGGAUCUCCGUGAACAGAAGGGCGGUAUCGAAGAAGAGAUCCAGAGCCUCCAGAACAAGAUUAUGGAGGUUGGUGGUGUCAGGCUUCGCGGACAGAAGGCCAAGGUCGACGGCCUCAAGGAGCAGAUCAAGCUCCUGUCCGAGGAAAUCUCGAACGCCGAGGUUGGCAAGUCCAUGAAUGAGAAGCUCAUCACGAAGCACUCGAAAGCUCGCGCCAAGGCAGAGGAAGACCUUGAAGAAGUCGCGCAGGAACUCGAGAAGCUGAAUGAGGACGUGGCCAACCAGGCUAGUGACGCAUCGGGAUGGAAGCAGAAGGUGGAGGAAGGCCAAGAUGUAAGUUAUGGUGUCAUUGGCGAGCCAGAGCGGUUGACUAACUAGUGACAGGCGCUCGAAAUCAAGAAAGAAGGCCUCCAGAGCAUGAAGACCGAACUCGACGAAAAGGUGGCGGAACUUAACGAGUCUCGAGCGACGGAGAUUGAAAUGCGCAAUAAGCUUGAG